AUGAGUCUUCUCGCGUGGUGUUCGAGACGGGUGGGAGGCCUGAGCAUGAUUGCGAUCAUUGCUCUGAGCUACUGGGUUAUCACGUCCGAGUCGGUGAUCGAACGACAUGGCUACACGUUCGAGCACCCCGAGAGCAAGACCGCUGGCUACACAACGCCCACGACAACGACGGGUGCGGGCAUCUGGACAAGGAUCUUCGUGUACUACUGCGUUCUGGUCCACUUGGCCAUCGCUACUUUUCCCUUGCGCGCGUGCUGGGCGGUCUGGGACAUCACACAAACCCUGAGUCGCACUACGCGCAACUCUCUCAGGAGCCUCAAGAGCCGCCCCGCGCACCGUCGCGGAUCAUAUGCCUCGGUUUCGAGCUCGGAAACGCUAAUCUCGUCCGAGCCGCAGACGGCCGCUCCUUCGACUGCGACCAGCAGCGAAGCCGGGGAUUUUGAGCCAGAGAUGUACACCGACGAGGGCGACCUUCCAAAGGGGGCUUCUGUGACACAUGCCAUCAUCAUCCCCAAUUACAAGGAAGAGCUCGACACGCUUAAGGAGACUCUCGAGGUAUUGGCGUCUCACCCCCAGGCUCAGAGUUGCUACGAUGUCUACCUUGGCAUGGAGCAGCGCGAGCAGAAUGGCGAGGCGAAGGCACUCGGUUUGGUGCAGAAUUUCGCGAAAAAGUUCCGCUCAAUCGAUUACGUUGUCCACCCAAGCGACAUUCCUGGUGAGGCCGCUGGCAAGGGCAGCAACAUUGGCUGGGCCGCACGCAAGCUGAGCGCAAAGUAUGGCGAGAACCGCAAGAAUGUGAUUGUGACGGGAAUCGACGCCGACAGUCAUCUCGCCUCCAGCUAUUUUGCGCAACUCACGGAUAUGCACCUCAACCACCCUGACACCGCAUCGACUACCCUCUACGCCGCUCCCAUCAUCUUCGAUCGCAAUGCACACAGCGUUCCCGCCAUUGUCCGUAUUGCUGACAUUCUGUGGAGCGCUGGAGGCAUGUCGGGUCUCUACCGCGGCUCUGCCAUCGCGCCACCCACGUCGGUUUACUCGCUGUCGCUCGAAUUGAUCGAUCGCGUUGGCGGCUGGGAUACCGACGCAGAGGCCAUUGGCGAGGAUCUUCAUAUGUACGUCAAGUGCUUCUUUGCGCUCAACGGCAACAUCACCAACCGCACAAUCUUGAGCCCUGUCAGUCAGAGCAAUGUGGCCGGCGGUGGCAAAGGCGGCAUCCGUGGUCUCUAUGUCGACAUGCAGGCGCGUUACAAGCAGGCUCUCCGCCACAUGUGGGGUGCCCUUGAUAGUGGCUUCGCCCUCCGCAAGACGGUUGAGAUGUGGCAGAACCGAAAGCAGACGACACGGGCUUUCCGGCCCCUGCACCAAUCUGCUGGCGGCAACUUCGACACAUAUUUCCCUGAGAGCCAGCUUGGCCCCCAGACGCCCAACUCACCACGCGAGAGCGGCAUCUUCUCCGAUGUGACACAGGAGGACAUGCCCGAACCGCACCUGGAGAACCUCUUCUACAUGGCUCAUCGUCUGUUCGAGGCUCAUAUUAUGCCUGUCCACAUGACUGUUCUCGUCCUGGCGAGCACCAUCUUCUUGUGGGCCACUGAAGGAAAGGAAGAGCUUGCCAGCCUACGCUGGGUCAUUGGAUGGUGUGGGCCCAUCCGUGCCGUGGGCUUCAUUGCCGUGGCCUGCUACAUCCUCAUGUACGAGCGCUACCACACCAUCUGCGUGACCACACGUGAAAAGGAAAUGAGGGAAGCCGGCUUGUCCGAGGGCAUGUGCUUCUCAUACCGCUCGUUCAAGUCCAACUGGACCGACUACGCCAUGAUUCCCCUGGUCGCGCCCCUGUACGGCUCGAUUCCUUGUAUACAAGCGGAGAUCACCCAUUUCUGGACGAUAGACCUGGUGUACACGGUCAGCAAGAAGGUCACGCGGCAGCGUGCGCGGUCCAUCCACGACGCAGCGGCCGCCAUGGCGUAA